GUGUUGCUGAAAAUGUCAGACUCAAAUUUGGAUAACAGUAAGAAGAAUUUCUUUGAGGUGGAAGCAGAUGAUGAGGAAAGUGUGAUUUUGACAUUGGUGCCAGUUAAAGAUCAACCAAAUAUGGAACAAAUGGAACCAAGUGUUUCAACUUCUGAUGUCAAACUGAAGAAGCCUAAGAAAUACAAUCAAGUUAAUCUACUUCAAACAAAUGAACAAUUUACAGCGCCACGAAAAGCUAGAUGCAAAAUACCAGCCCCUCCGAUGCCGACCAUUUUGCCUCCUAUUAGUAAGGUGUGUCAAGACACUUUGUGGAACUGGUGUCAAGAACUUGGUUUGAAUAUGAAGGGCAAGAAAACAGAACUUUAUCCGAGGCUCCAUGGGCAUGCUUACCCUGAACAACAGCAAGAUAUGCCUGAAAUGUUACAAGAGACCAGAGUACAGCAGUGUUCAAGGAAAAGCAAGGCAGUGACCAAGACAGCAAGGCUUCAGAAAAGUUUUAAGAUGAGUGAGACAGCAGAAGAGACUAAUACAGUUGAAGCGAUAACUUCAGUGCAGGAAGCCAUGUUGGCAUCGUGGGCAAGAAUUUCUGCAAGAGCUGUUCAUCCUAAGGCUGUGAAUUUGUGUUCCAUUCGUGUUUCUGUUGAGGCCUUUUUGAUGCAAGCUUCUGGUGUCAGGUGGUGUGUGGUCCAUGGCCAGCUUCUCUCAGCAGACACAAAGGGUUGGGUACGCCUGCAGUUUCAUGCAGGUCAGGCCUGGGUGCCUACAACUGGCAGGAGGAUGAUUUCUCUCUUCUUGUUGCCUGCCUGCAUUUUCCCAUCCCCAGGCAUAGAAGAUAAUAUGUUAUGCCCUGACUGUGCUAAGAGGAAUAAGAAGAUGAUGAAAAGAUUAAUGACAAUAGAGAAGUAGCAAUGACCUGCUUGAAUACAAUGUACUAGAGAAGGUGGGAUGUACUUUCACACCAUGUACCCUAUUAUGAAGGAAUGGAAGAGGAGACAAUUUGAAUGAAUCAUCCUGAUCUACAAAACAGUCAUAGUGACUAGGACUCCCCAGUGAAGGUGGUUGACUAGUGACACAGCCCCAUCUAAAGAGCCCCUCUCUGUACGCCUGAAAACCCAUUAAAAUAAAGUCACUGCAGUUGGCCUU